CACGCAGCCAAUGGGAAAAGAGGGGGGCGUGGCCACGGCGGAACUUGCCCGGGCAUGUGAGCGCGGCGGCUUCCGGGCGAGACACGUGGGAGCCGCGCCGGGUGCGGGCAGGCAGCGUAGGGAUGCCUCCUGGCAAAGGGCAGAUGACCCCACUGCUGUCCAGCCCAAAAGACUCCGUGCCCACCCUGCAGAGCACCCAUGGCCCCACUGCAGGUGGCUGCGCUCAGGCCAUGGAGAGUCCCGCCAUGCUGCAGGGUCGCAACAAGAAGAAGAGUCGCAAGCACCAGCGGUUCCUGGAGCGCCGGGCGCUGCUGGAGCAGAAGGGGUUGCUGAGCCCCCACCGAUGCUUGGGCAACCAGACCCCCAUGGCAGGGCUGGAGACGAGCAGCACAGUCACCAAUUCUGGUGGCACCGUGGCACUGCACUUUGGGAAAGGCCCCAAGUCCAAACAGGUCGUCUCCCCAUCUGCCUCUCCAGACAGCAUAGCCAGGCAUCACUCCGUGCUGCUGUCCCAGGGGAUUGGCAGCUCCAACGGGGUGCAGAUGUCCUCCCCACUCCUGCGCCCUGGCAAGUAUGUGGCCAUUGACUGCGAGAUGGUGGGCACAGGUCCUCAGGGCAGGCUGAGCGAGCUGGCGCGGUGCUCUGUGGUGAACUAUGAGGGGGAUGUCGUCUAUGACAAGUACGUCCAGCCUGAGCUCCCCAUCGUGGACUACCGGACACGCUGGAGUGGCAUCACCAGGCAGCACAUGAAAAAUGCGAUUCCCUUCAAGACUGCCCAGGCAGAGAUCCUGAAGAUCUUGAAAGACAAGAUUGUGGUAGGACACGCCAUCCACAACGACUUCCAAGCCUUGAAGUACUUCCACCCCAAAGACAGGACCCGAGACACCAGCCAGAUCCCCAUGCUGAAGCAGAGGGCAGGGCUGCCCGUCAGGGCCAGUGUCUCGCUAAAGAGCUUGGCCAGGCACCUGCUCCGGAAAAAGAUCCAGGUUGGCUGCAAAGGGCACUCGUCGGUGGAGGAUGCUCAGACGGCCAUGGAGCUGUACAGACUGGUGGAGGUGCAGUGGGAGACGGAGCUGGCCCGGAGCCUGCCCACCCGGCCCCCGAGCCCCGUCACAGACCCCACCACAGACAGCAACCAGUACCUGGAUGACCGGUACUGGCCCACAGACCUGGUGACAAGCAGCCUGUGAUGGGGGACAGUGUCUCCUCCACGUGUUUAAGGCCAUCCUGAUGCCUUCAGCUAUGGCAGGUGGAGGUGGCUGCUGACCUCCUUCACUGGGGCUUGUGCCCCAUGUGCUCUGCCCGGCACCUGGGUCCACUGCGGACAGCAGCGCAGAGGAGUCGGAUGCCCCCAGCCCUGCUUGGGGACGGAGAAAUGGUGGCACUUGGACACUGGUGAUCUCCUCUAAACGGUCUGCAGCCUCUUCCUGUUGCACAGCAAUAAGUGCUGUGGCUGCGCCUUGUUCAUCUGUCGGUGCUUGGGGAUGAGAGGGGUUCCUGGAGGAGCCCCAGUGGGUGUGUGAGUAGGCUGGGGCUGCCAGGGCACCUCGCAUGUCUUCUGGGAAGGGGAUACCCCCAUGGUGGGCAAGUGGCAAGUCUUCCCAUGGGAGGACUGAGGUGUUUUGCUGAUGCCUAAAGGCUGCAAAACAUCUGGGCCAGCUGAACAACCAAUUUCCUCCUUGCUUUCAUUGCACAGUGAAGCCUGGAAAGAAAGUCUGGAUCUAAUCAAUGUCCAGCCUGGACAAGAGCACAGGAUGCACUUCAUUUAAAAUAGACUACUUACAUAUUUAUCCAGUUGUGAAUUAAAAGCUGUUCUUGCAAAA